CUCAGCUCAUUGAUCAACAAACAUCAUGGAAGCUCAACAACUGCUGCUUAUCGUUGCCAUUGGACUGGGACUGGUGCUCCUGUCGCAGGCGGACUGCCCGCUGUCCAGGGCCAUGAUCGAGGGCACCAAUCGGAUAUUCACCAACCGCAAUGCUGCCGGCCAAUACGAGCUGAAGCGACUCCAGAGAGUCCGCACCAGCGAGGUGCUCCACAUGUUCUGCACUGCGACGGACAUUGUCCAGACGACCUGCCAGCAGAAUACCAACUUCAGUCGACCUCUGCCGCUGCGCUGCCAAAGACCCAUUGCUGCCUCGGCCACGGUGGUCACCGAUGCCUCCUGUCCGGCCACCAUGUACUCCGUGGGCUACACCAUCAACAAUCGCCAUCUGGAGCUGUACCGCGCCUGCUACCAAGGCUCUGCUGUCCGGGCCCGGUUCACUACCCAUUCGGUGUACCACAAGACCUUCUUCCCGCAACGUCCUUGCUCCGAUUUCACCAGAGAUGGCGUCAUCAGCGAUACGGAUGCCCAAAGUUUCCUACCCCGCACAAUUUUCCGGGCAUUCCGCACCAUUUUUGGCAACAACCAGCGGUACAUUCCCAACGAACGGGAUACGGUAAUCAAUCGUGGACAUCUGACCCCGUCGGCAGACUAUCUCUAUGGGGACCAGAUGUGCGCCACCUUCAAGUACAUUAACGUGGCGCCCAUGUGGAAGAGCAUCAACGAUCGCAACUGGCAGACGAUCGAAAGGUGGGUGCGAACCCGCAUUAGUGCCGGCGGAUCGCUGAGGAUCAAGACCGGAACCAAUGGCGAUCUUACACUGCCCGACAACCGAAAUCGCCAGCGUCGCAUUAUUCUGGGUGCCGGCACCAAGAACGUCAUGCCCAUGUGGCUCUAUAAGGUGGUGCGCACAUCCGCCAAUGCACCGCACAGCGUGUUCGUCACCCUCAACAACAUUUAUGCAACUGCCCGACCCGCUGCCCCCGCAUUCUGCACCAGUAUUCCCUGCCCCAUGACCCUUGAGAAUGUGGCAGCCGCCGGACACACCUACUGCUGCAAUGCCACCACCUUUACCCUUUAA